AUGUUCCCACUUUCGGAUACAGAUGAUCAGACCCCGCUGGUCAACAAUACCUCGCGCAGUUCUGGCAUCCGAAACAGACAUGAACGAAUUUGGGGUCUUCCCGAUCUAACUAAGAAUAGCUCUUCCCAACCAAUAAAUCCCCUAAGUAUGGAAGCCAGUGUCUCCAAUGAGGUACCAGGAGACCGAAUCAUAUUCCAGCAUUCUCCUAUUCACCAACGCUGCUACACAAGCUCUUCCACUGGGGAAUUUAAUAUACCUCACAGCCCACAAUAUCCGACCAAGACCAGACAACUCAGGCGCGAAACUCGUGCCAUACUUGGUGGCGCGUUCGAUGCUAAUAUAUCCGCGAUGUAUGGGGAUCAAUCGGCGCACGCCACAUGUUUCCCAAACGAAUCAGUACCGCCAUAUUCAAGCACAAUGGACAACGCCAUUGCCAAGAUAGAAGGGUUUAUAGCAAAGGUGAACAAUACUUUCAAGGCAGAGAGUUCUCGCCCAGACCCCGAUACAAGUCGCUACGAAACUGAUGCAGAGAAAUCGCCUGCCAUAUCCGACUCUCGCACCAUCGACACAAUCCCCACUCGGAAAUCUCGCGGCAAUAUACAAAACUACGUGGGUAACUCGCACGUACGUGGUAUGCGCGAGACAUUUCAUACGUUCCUCCAAGACGCGCGCUCAGAACUCUCGGACUGUCUAAAAAGAAUGCGCGAGGAGUUUGAUCGCUACAUGUCGGAACUGAGGGCGGAUCGGAUGGGGUUUGGGCACCUCCCGGCUAGCUCGUCCCCCGAGUGGCCCUGCACCGAGUGCCGACACAGGGCUGGCCACAUGGACUAUUACCCUCGCCUCUUCCGUGACGAGGAAUUGCAAUCGUGGUCAGCCGAAUGGGGCUGGCGAGACAACGGAGACGCUGGGGCUUCAUACCAGGCGCAGAGAGGUUCUUUUACCUCUGCUAUGGGCGAUGGUGAUAUGACUGGUUCUUCCCAGCAGGCUCUGAGAAUGGAUCACCCAGGGCACAAUAAACACUCUAUCUUCUCUACUUACCAAACCUUCUUUCCCCAGUUUUCCUCUUCCAAUCUAGAGAAAGAAGAAGAGGAGGAGAAGGGAGUCGCUAACGACAAAGAGGGAGGUGCAGUGUAUUGUGAGCCAAGUGAAGAGGUUUGCUACCCCAAUCCCAUCGAGGAGAGCGACCAACAAGACGAAGUUGGGGAUGACUACAAGGACUGCUGGAAUGAAAGCAAACCCGAAGACAGCAUCGUAUCCGCAGUCGCGUAUCCACAACUGGAGUCGGAGGGUUGGGAUGUCGUUUCAUCGGAGUCUGGCGAGGAUAAUGACGGCUUCGGCUGGUAG